ACGCCCUGGAUAUACAUAACCUCGAGGAUCUCUUGACGCACAUGCGUUUGCUGGAGAGGUCGGCGGUGGAAAAACCCGGCGGAGUGCUCUGCGAAUCUCGCGGCAUACGGGUGUCGACCGUGCUCGGCGACAUGUCAAAUUCGACUGAGAACAUGGAAGUGGCGUUGUCUCCUGGCGCGACCAAGCGGCUGCGGGCUCCCACGUUCGGGUCGUCCUUCAACCUGCAUACCCUCGAGGAGCACCUGGGUGGGGAAGCCGGGGCUUCGCGGGCGGUGUACGAAAUAGCGGUCUCGGGGUUGAACCGGCCGAGGAUGCUCAGCCGCGUUUCGACCGCGCUCUUCGACAUUGGAUUGAACAUUUCGGAGGCACACGUGUUCUGCACGGACGACGGCUACGCUCUGGACGUGUUCGUGGUCACCGGGUGGAGGGCAGACGACGAGGCUGCCAUGAACGAGAAGCUGCAGCGACGUCUGGACCAGGUGAAUUGGGACGAGGGCGUGAAGCCAGGGACGAGCGACGGGGCGACGAUGGGCGAAGGCGAGAAGGCGCUCGCGGGAGCAAGUGACAGCGAGUGGGAGAUUCAGGAGGUGCAGUUGAACUUCAUGGAGAAGAUAGCGAGCGGCGCGUUCGGGGUGCUGUACCGGGGCAGCUACUGCGGCCAGGAGGUGGCCAUCAAGGUUCUCAAAACGGGAGGGAAGAGCUCGCAGGAGGAGGUGUACAGGGAGUUCGCUCAGGAGCUGUCGAUCCUGCGGAAGGUAAGACACAAGAACAUCGUGCAGCUGAUCGGGGCGAUGACGAAACCCCCGCGCCUGUGCCUGGUGACGGAGUUCAUGAAGGGAGGGAGCGCGCUGCAGUAUCUGCACCAGAGGGCUCCGCUGAAGCUCAACCAGCUCUUGAAGCUGUCUUCUGGUGUCGCGCUCGGCAUGGACUACCUACACAAGGUUAACGUCAUCCACCGUGAUCUGAAGACGGCGAAUCUGCUGAUGGACGAAAACGAGGUGGUGAAGGUGGCUGACUUUGGAGUGGCGAGGGUCAAGGCGACGGAUGGGAAGGCGAUGACUGCGGAGACGGGGACGUAUCGUUGGAUGGCGCCGGAGGUGAUCUCGCACCAGAAGUACGAUCACAAGUGCGACGUUUUCUCCUUCGGGAUCCUGAUGUGGGAGCUUGUGAGUGGAGGUGACAUUCCUUAUCCUGGAUACACGCCCCUGCAGGCAGCAGUGGGAGUGGUGCAGCGGGGGCUCAGGCCCACCGUCCCGCCGCUCUGCCACCCGGUGCUCUCGCAGGUCAUGCAGUAUUGCUGGCAACCGGAUCCUUGGGCGCGGCCGGAGUUCGAGCAAAUCGUGGAGCUGCUCAAGCACACGGACUCGCAAACGGAGACUGUGCCGAACAAGGGUUUCUUCUCCAAGCUGCGAAAAUCAAUGACCACGUCGUCCAAGGGAUGAGGAUGAGGGUGUUUGACGCGUAUUUCUAGCUGGGGGGGCGCUGACCGGCCAUAUUAGACCGCGACGUCCCCCAAGGGGUGUUUGUACUUGUACGUGAGUUGUCUGAC